CACCCUCCGAAUGCGCCGCAAGUACAGGUGCCUGCUUUAGCUCGGGGCAUGAAGGUUCGAUCCUCCGUCAAGGUUAUGUGCGGAGGAUGCGCUGUUGUUAGGAGGAAAGGUCGUAUCUACAUCAUCUGUUCGAGGAAUCCCAAGCACAAGCAGGCACGU